GAACACCAUUGAAACAUUAUUGGGACACAGCUGAUCAUUUCGUGAGAUGGCCUUAGAAAAUAAAUGCAUAGCAUGGAUCACUUUGUAUGUUUAAACUAAGCCUCAAAAACUCUUUAGGAAAGCAAGCUCCAAAAAUUGGGGUCCAACUGUGAAUAUAAUUGGCAAUAGGGGUAAAAUGGUCUUUCAGAUACCUUAACCUCGUACUACUUUUAAAGUCAUUAGUCAAAGUCAAAUAUAUUACUUUUACACCAUAUUUUUAAAUGGAGAAAUUCAUAAAUAUUUGUAUGUUUAUUUGAAAAUAGAACAAAAGGCAGGUGGAUUGCCGUAAAUACACAAAUAUCAGUGUGAUCCAAAACUUUGGUGGCCUCAAACCCACUCGAAUUUUGGAUGUGACUGAUUUUUUAGAUCAUGUUGGUGAAACAGAUGGAACGGAUGGAUGGAGUGAAUGUAUUACAGACAUCAAGAAGCCCCAAAGAGCUUAGGGUUACAGGGGAUUCCUGUAGCCCGACCCGUUUAACCUGGUUUGGAACAUAUAGCCACAAAAGUGUGGACCGGUCGAGUUUUUCAAACAUUGAGGCCGAACAGAAGUUCAUACCGUGUAUUGCUUCAUUAUAUAAUUUCCACAACAUGAAUGGAAUUAAGAAAGAGACGUUUGUUGACUCAAAAACCAGUAGCUCUAUAUUAGUGCAUGAAAAAAAGGAAUCCUAAGAGACAUGAGCCCAAAAACCCCCUGAUUAUAACACACCUUUCUUUUGAAGUUUUGUAGCACCCCUUACGCUCUGUGUUCUAUUUCAUCUUCAAACCAUGGGGAAACUUACAUGGUUAUUUUGUGUUUUGGCCACAUGGGUCAUGGUGAAUGGUGCCUCCCAAGCACCUCUCCGUCCAUCACUUGUGUGAAUGGUCCGCUCGGCCGCCUGGGUGAUUGCGUAACCUUCGUCGAGAACGGGAGCAUGGUUUCUAAGCCUGAAGGGUCAUGUUGUGCUGGGCUUAAGAUCGUUGUGAAGGACAGCCCUACGUGCCUAUGUGAGGCCCUCAAGAUAGGCAGUAGUGAUUUCGGCAUUGCAUUGAAUCUCACUAAGGCUCUCACACUUCCAUCUGCAUGUGGGAUUUCUACUCCUUCAUUUAGUAAUUGUAUAUUUGGUGGGCCAUCCCCGUCGCCGGCUCCAUCUCCUAUGUUGAAUUCUCCUGUGCCGGUAUUGCAUUCACCGGCUCCAGUAUCGCCACCGUCAGUUUUCUCUCCCCCAUCGCGCUCACCAUCCGCUUCGGUUGCACCCCUGAUUUCUCCUACUGGAGGUAGUGGCACAAGGGACCCGAUUGUAUCACCACCAUUUUCUGGUGCUCCCAUGCUACAAAUUUCAUAUAUGUUUGCUCUUGUUAGUGUAGCAAUUGCCUCAUGUUCUUGUUUUUGAGAAGAUAUACUGGAUAAGUAUAUGGAGAGAUGGUUGAUCGACUAGUUUGUAGUGAUUUUCGACUAGAAAUUUAAUAAAAAUAAAAACCACUUGGGUAGUUUUCUUUUU